AUGUCUGUUAGAAAAAAUUUAUUGCUAUUAGCAGCUGGUACAAGUGUAGUUGCUGCUACUACCUGUAAUCCAUUAACCUCAACAUCAUGUUCAGCUGACACAGCUUUAGCAGGUUCUUUUGCUGAAGAUUUUACAUCUGCUUCAUCUUAUUUCACUGAUGAAAAAAUGCCAGGUACAAUUGAAUAUUCUUCAGAUGGUCUUGCAAUGACUUUAACUGAACAAGGUGAUAAUCCAACUUUAACUUCAAAUUUCUAUAUUAUGUAUGGUAAAGUUGAAGUUAUGAUGAAAGCUGCUCCAGGUACAGGUAUCGUUUCAUCUUUCUUUUUACAAAGUGAUGAUUUAGAUGAAUUAGAUAUUGAAUGGGUUGGUUCUGAUGAUACUCAAUUUCAAUCAAAUUAUUUCUCAAAGGGUGAUACCACUACUUAUGAUAGAGGUGAAUUCCAUACUGUAAGUGAACCAGAAACUACUUUCCAUAACUAUACUCUGGAAUGGGCAAUGGAUAAAACUACUUGGUAUUUGGAUGGUACUGCCGUUAGAGUUCUAGAAAAUACUACUUCUGAAGGUUAUCCACAAAGUCCAAUGUACCUAAAGAUGGGUAUUUGGGCUGGUGGUGAUCCAUCUAAUUCUGAAGGUACUAUUGAAUGGGCUGGUGGUUUAACUGAUUAUUCUCAAGCUCCUUUCACUAUGUAUAUUUCAAAGGUUAUUGUCACCGAUUAUUCUACUGGUAGUGAAUAUUCUUAUGGUGAUCAAUCAGGUUCUUGGGAAUCUAUUCAAUGUAAAGAUGGUGAAAUUAAUGGUAGAUAUCAACAAGCUUUGAUGGAUUUCGCAGAAUUGACUAAUGGUGGUACCGUUUCUAACUCUACCACUACUAGUACCACUUCUUCUUCUUCUGCUGUUGCAUCAAGUAGUUCUACCUCUGAAAUUGUUUCUUCUGAAGUUACUUCUUCUUCUACUAAAGCCACCACUUCUUCUACUAAAGCUACCACUACUUCUACUAAAGCCACCACUACUUCUACCGAGGCUACUACUACUUCUACAAAGGCUGCUACCACUUCUACCAAGGCUGCUACCACUUCUUCUUCUUCAAAGGUCUCUACAGUUUCUCCAACUACCGUUGAAAACAGUUCAUCAUUAGAAGCUACUAAAAGUACUGCAUCAGUCUCUCAAACUUCAUCUUCUCAAGCUGUUAAGGUCGCUUCUGAUAUGGCCAAUGGAAUUACUGCUAGCUUUGGUCUAGCAGCUCUACCAUUACUACUAUUAUCUCUAUUAUAA